AUGAAGCUCCUUGCCACUCCUUUGAUCACCCUUACUUUCUGCCUCGGCGCUCUGGGGGCCACGAUCCAGAUGCGUGCUCAAGGCGGCGCAAAGGCAGCUAAAGCUGCCGGAGUUGAGAGAUGCCCUAGCGCUUACAUCGUGAAGACACAGCUCAUCCAAGCUGGUGAUAUCACCGUGAACCGUUCGACCUACGCUUGCCCGGACAACAGUCUUCGCGAGGCUGCUCAGACUCCCUUGCCAUCGACGAAGAAUAUCCCUAAGCAGCACUUCGGAAAACGUGCCGCGUUUGAUGCUCGCAAUGCUGCUGAGUGCAGGAACCCCGCUCCUGAAUGCCAAUGUGGCCAGAGUUUUCAAUGCAACUGCCAGAACGUCACCGCACAGGCACCCGAAUCAAGCGACUGCGCAUCACUUGUCUCCUCCACAUCAGUGAUCGCACAAGCAGCAGGCCCAUCGUUCACGGUCGAGCCUGACAACUUUGAGCUGAUCUCGUUCGGAACAUGCGCCCUUGAAUGGACCAAUUUUGGUUGCUCGACGCUUGAGUACUGCUGGGAUGAGUUUGGUGACACUGGAGGAGUUGUAAACCAACUUUGCUUCGAGCAAGGCGGUGGAACUGCUGCAGCAUGCAAUGCAGAUGACGACCUCUGGCUUCUCCAGGCUCUUCGUGUCGGCUCCUGAGCACUGGCUUUAUGUUCGAGCAUGGUACUACGAGUGAAAGGAUGCUUAACUUCCUGGGACUGUAGCCUUUUGUUUGCUGGGUUUAGUGCUCAAUCUUUUCUUGGGGCCUCGUUUAUGAAUGAGAGGUAUAUUUUCGAUUCGAAAACAGGCAGAAAAC